AUGUGGCAGGGACAAGGGCCUGCAGGACCACUGGACUUCCUUUCCUCAGGGUGUCAGGACUGCCAUCGGUCCAUCACGAUCCUGCAGCUCAUCUCCCUGGUGCUCCUGGCUGCUCUCCUCGUGGCUGUCCUUGUCAAAGGCUCUGACGUUCCUACCUCCCAGGAGCAGCAGCAGGAGCAGGUAAAGCAACGCAUCCACCAGGAACUGGACCACCUGAAGGAUGGACUAGAUCGCCUGUGUCGCCCCUGUGCCUGGGACUGGACUCUCUUCCAAGGAAACUGUUACUUCUUCUCCACGUUCCAACAGAACUGGAAGGAAUCUGUCACCGCCUGCAGAGAAGUGGGGGCCCAACUUGUUGUCAUCAAGAGUCAUGAGGAGCAGAGCUUCCUGCAGCAGACCUCUCAGAGGACAGGCAAUGCCUGGAUGGGGCUGUCGGACAUAAAACAGGAAGGCAAAUGGAUGUGGUUGGACGAUACACCACUGAAAUGGAGCCAAUAUUGGUUAAAAGGGGAGCCCAACAACAUGCUCAAUGAAGACUGUGCAGAAAUUUCAAGUACUGGAUGGAAUGAUAAUACAUGUUCCUUAGAGAAAUUCUGGAUCUGCAAGAAGGCUGCAUCUCCCUGCUCUAGGUGA